CAGUUAUUUGUAAGAUCUGCUCUGCAUAUUGUUUAAGGUUCCCUAACCAACUUGCUGAAGCCUUAAGUGAAGCCACAAUCAUGGCUUUUAUAGUGAAGACUAUGGUGGGUGGUCAGCUGAAGAACCUCACUGGAGGUCUGGGGAGCAAAGAGGAAAAAGGAGAAGGGGAGAAAUCACCAGCUGAAGCACAAGGGAUGACAAAGGAAGAAUAUGAUGAAUACCAAAAGCAGCUCCUGGAAGAGAAAAUGGAGCGGGAUGCUGUAUACACCCAACGCAAAGCUGAAAGAGCCACACUGCGGACUCACUUUAGAGACAAGUACCGACUACCAAAGAAUGACGUUGAUGAAACUCAGAUUCAGCUAGCUGGAGGUGAUGUGGAGCUGCCCAAGGAGUUGGCAAAAAUGAUCGAAGAGGAUACUGAAGAAGAGGAGGGGAAAUCAUCUGUCAUUGGACAGCUCAGCAACAUCCAGAAUAUUGACUUGGACUCAAUUAAAGGAAAAGCUCAAUCAACUUUGGAUGACCUGAAACAGUCAGCUGAAAAGUGCUCAGUCAUGUGACUUAUUUUAAAGUCCCAAAUGAUUUGAUGUCCAGCGGGUUGCUAAAACGUGCCGCUCCAGCUCCGAGUCUAGACAUCCAGCACUGGUCACAAAUUAUAAUUAUCCUUCGGAGACAACACAACUCUGUAACAUAUGCACAGCCCCUAUAUUUUAAGAUACAACACUUCUUGGAUUAAAUGGGAAGGGCCUGUUUUUCAGACAAACAUCCAAGAUCUUCCAGGGAAAGGUUUAGAUAUCUGAUUGUACAUAUGCAAACGAUAACUUUUGUGACCUGUAAAUUUCCCUAUGUUGCAGUCUGCUCUUCCUUUGUUUCAGAUAUGAAAAAUGACAAUCACCAAAACACAAAGUUGUGUUGUGUUAUGUAUGCGUCUUACAGCUCUUGAAACCAACCAAUCUUUUGUUACGACUUAAAAUUAGAUGUGCAGCUUUUCUGUUAUACUGUACCUGCUCUGGC